AUGGGAGAUUCUGUAAGUUGUUCUGAAGGCAAACUGAUUGAACGAGUCUUCUAGACGUCUCCGAGUUACUACAAGAUGAUCGUGACGUGGGGCCAACCGAAGGCGUACACAACCUACUCGACACUCACUCUUUCCUGGGAUGACUGCCUCAAUUCUUGCCUCAACACUACCGCUUGUGUUGUACGAAUUCAUACAUUCAAGUAGACUCACAGUAUUGUAUUUGCAGUUGGUUUCCAAUCAAACUGCUGGGAAAUGUCUCAUGUUCACGCUUCAACAAAUAACAACUGUAUCCCAGCUGAACAGUUCCAGUGCGGUCGUGGUGGGAUUCAAAAUCCGUUCGAAUGAAACCACCUGCUCAACCACUGAAAACGCUUCAAUUGUGAACGGAAACUCGGCAACAGUAAGUAUUUUCCCGAUGAUUGAACAAAAAGUUGAAUCUGAAGGGCGGAGUCAUUGACAGAAGUGUUACUACAAAUCAGACCUAUCAGCCGUACACAAUCAGUUCAUCUGGCGGUGUGUGGACGUUCACUCUGAAUGAAAAGUUGUACUGCGGAAUAGCUGGUUAUAUAUUCGACCGACCACGAGGUCCAUGGUGUAUUUGGGUUUGUUUCGAGAGGAGAUCAUUUCUUUAGUUGGAAUUUUAGUCAAUGUACAGCAUAGGCUGCGUCCCUCAAGUAAAUGCUUCUGGCUUCUGCUACACUUCGAGGUAUUUUCCAAAAGCAGUGCUCAGUGGUAUUGAUAGUUUCGAUGAGUACACGUACAUAACCAGUUCGUUUAUUCCACUAGAAUUGAGAAAUAAACAGACAUUCAGACAAAUCAUCGUCUCACGUUAGUAGUCAAACAAUGCUGAAAUCAUACAGCUCUAUUGGUUUCUGGAUUGGUGGGACCCGAAGAACGGAAUGUAUGGCACCGAAUAACAAAAGCGCAAGUUGUAAUGGAAGCAAUGUGAGAAACGGAUCAACGAUUGUAUUGUCAUUCAAAGAUUUUAAGGAGUUCUCUUUCGUCGAUCCGACGUUUACUUCGCCUGGAUACUAUGGAUGGCUGAGUGGUCAACCAUCGGGAAUGGCAACCAAUCCAACGACGGAAAACUGUCUCGAGUUGAAAUUCACGUCUUCACGAACUGGAGUCGACGAUGUUGCGUAAGUUGAAUACUUUAAGGAUAGUUUGAUAACAAACUGGAAUGUUUCAGAUGUAGUACUUCAAAAUCAUCGACGAACUGCCAAUGGGGAGUAAUCUGCGGGAAACAACCUUCUGCUUUGUGACUCUGACUUUUCAAAAAGUCUCGUUUUGCCUCGUUAAUCUUAUCCAUCAUUCCUCGUCGCGCUCCAUCUUUCAUGAAAGGUCUAGUGACCGAAAAGAUUCCCUCGUUGCUCUAUUCAUCAUCUCAUAAAGCCAUUUUUAUUCAAUAAUGACUAAUUUCAUAGCUUGGAUACUCUUAGCUUUCAUAAUAGAUUGUGUUGUAAGUUUGACUUUUCACCGGAUAACUUCUCUGUUUACUUCAAGAUUUGUAUGAGUAUUCAUUACAAAAUGAUAGUCGUUUGGGGUCAACCUGCCGAGUUCUCCACUUUCAGUACUUUGUCCCUAGAUUGGGAAGGUUGUCUACAGUUCUGCAUGAAUUCGGUGACUUGCGUGGUGAACAAAUUCAGAAGUUUGAGCAACUGUCAACGAUUUCAUUCAGCUCGCUUCCAACAACUCAUCGUCUAAUUGCACAGUGUUCCAGUUGGGAGAAAUAAGUUCAGUUGAAAGACUAGACAGACAAUAUCAGGCGAUUGUGGCAUUCAAAAUAGUCUCCAACGAGACCACGUGCUCUCUAGAAAUAGACACUCCCAUUGCGAACGGUGAAGCGGCUACGGUACUUUGGUGAUGUACAGUAUCCUUUCAAACGUUGAACAAGAUCAGGGUGAUGUAUUCAUUGAUGAGGAACUGAACCAAACGUACUCAAUAUACACGGUCAGCUCAGAUGGCUCUUUUUGGACGUUCUCAACUAACGUGACGUAUGUCUGUCCCGUCGGACUCAAGCUCUUUUUCAGGCCAUUGGAUGCCUGGUGUCUUGGUGUAAGUUCUCAAAGUUCUGUGACUUUAAAAAAAAGUUGAAGGUAUUUGACAACAGAAGUGGAUUGAAAAGAGCGGACGGACUGACCAAUUGCCAGAACAAUCCAGCGUUCCUUGGAGGCGUUCUGAGCGGUAUUCAGACUGUGGAGGAGUUCAACUUCAUUUCUGGUUGGUCAUUUGAAGGAAAGAGUUCCCGAAACGUCGUUUUGAGUUCAGAAGAGGCGAAGACAAUAGCAUCCGGGCAGACGGGCAACACUGGUUUCUGGAUUGACGGAAUCCGAAAGGACGAGUGCAAAGCGUCAAGCGAACAGAUCCCCUCCGAAUGUGACGGAAUAUAUGUAAGUGUAGCUUCUCAAUUUUUCAAGCAGCCAGUUUCCAGGAGUUCAAUUUCACUGACGCCACACUCGAAAUGCCCGGAUACUUUCCAUUCGAUGUCGGCCAACCAUCAGGAAUUCUAUCCAAUUCGACCAAAGAAAACUGUCUCUAUUUGAGAAUUUUGAAUGAUUCCGUUACAAUUGAUGAUUGGGAGUGAGUUGCGGAAAAAGAGUUAUUGAAUGAUGAGUAAAACAAACCAAGGUGCACGGCGAGUGUGAUUCAAAAAGCCAAUUUGACGAUGCGAGGCCAAGUUUGUGGGAUUGAACCAACGAUUACCUUAUGAAUCAGCAGUCACUUAACAAUAAACAGUUCAUACUACCCGAUCUGUGACGCAUUCGAGCAAAGAAACAGUGGCUCUGCCAACUGACAUCACCCCUCUUUCUGAUGUUUGUACUCGUUUCGCAGUCUCUUUUCAUGUUCAGUAGUUCCCUUUCCGACUAUUUGCAGAUCAAACUGUUGAGGUUCGAGAGUAAAUACAGGGAGGAAAGUGUGCUUCACCUGAUGCUCAGACAGUAUAAAUAUAGGUCAGAGCUCCGGAGCAACCAAAACCCAAAAUGUUCAGCUAUUCCAUUCAUUUUCUCGUCGCUCUUCUCACUUCCUCCGAUGCCCUUUUCAAUUGGAUCGGCAACGAUCAGUCGGUUACCGUGACGGGAAGACUCAUUUGUGAUGGACAGCCGGCUUCUGACGUGCUCGUGAAGCUAUACGAAGACGGAACAAGUGAAAUAUCAAUGCUAACUUUAAGUUAUAUCUACUUUUGCAGUCUACGACACGAAACUCGAUUCGAUGAGAACGGACAGCGACGGAACGUUCCGAGUCUCCGGGAAAUACACGAAAAUCUUUGACAUGGACCCGAAAGUGAACAUUUAUCACUCGUGCAACUACCACGGAGUCAGAUUCCUCUCAGAUUCUCAGAACAUGUCCUUCAUUUCAGUUGUGCGACAAAAAAUUGACGAUUGACAUUCCGCACUAUGCCAUCACUUCCGGAGCCGCUUUCGAAGGCAACGGCUACGACAUCGGCACUUUGAACUUGGCGGAUCAGUUCAGCGGCGAAUCCACUGACUGCAUUCAUUAA